CGAUCAUAGUGAAGAACGAUGAAACGUUUAGAAGAAGCAGUAUCGCCUUCGAUGACAGUCCCAAACGCAGGCAAGAGACUGCUCGACACUGAAGUUAUGUUCCUCACAUCUUUGCUCGAUCUUCUUCUGAACUGCAGCACCGAUAACGGCGAUCUUGCUUCCGCCGACGUUGAUGUCCCCGUUGAAGACCUUCCUCUUCUCAACAACAACGGAAACGGUGAUCUCGUCUCUGAAGUCGUCGUCAUUGGCAUCAGAUUCCGUUCUGGAUGCGUCGGUGAUCGAUUUUCCGCGUCGGUGAUGAUAGCUAACGGAUUCGAGAAUAUGGAUAAAGAACGAUUCAGAAAACGUCCUCGUAUGACCUGGGACGAGGCCCCAGCUGAACCAGAGGCUAAAAGGGCUGUGAUUAAAGGACAUGGAAGCGAUGGGAGGAUUUUGUCACCACCACUAAGGGAGGAUGAUCGUGAUGGUCAUUAUGUCUUCAGUUUGAGGGACAAUCUCACUCCUAGAUAUAAAAUACUAAGCAAGAUGGGUGAAGGCACAUUUGGUCGGGUUUUGGAAUGUUGGGAUCGUGAUACAAAAGAAUAUGUGGCAAUAAAGAUUAUUCGAAGCAUUAAGAAAUACCGGGAUGCAGCAAUGAUUGAAAUUGAUGUACUUCAGAAACUUGUUAAGAGUGAUAAAGGCCGCACACGCUGUGUACAGAUGAAGGACUGGUUUGAUUACCGAAAUCAUAUUUGCAUUGUGUUCGAGAAGCUUGGGCCAAGUUUGUUUGACUUUCUAAAGAGAAAUAAAUACUCCGCAUUUCCUCUGGCCCUUGUUCGGGAUUUUGGAUGCCAGCUUUUGGAUUCUGUAGCAUAUAUGCACGAGUUACAGUUAGUUCACACCGACCUCAAGCCUGAGAACAUUCUUUUGGUGUCUUCUGAAAAUGUAAAGCUUCCUUACAAUAAGAGGAGUGCUGCAAAUGAGACACAUGUCAGGUGCUUACCAAAGUCGAGCGCUAUUAAACUGAUUGAUUUUGGCAGUACUGUUUGUGAUAACCGGAUUCAUCACUCUGUUGUCCAAACAAGGCAUUACAGAUCCCCCGAGGUCAUUUUAGGUCUAGGAUGGAGUUACCAGUGUGACUUAUGGAGUAUAGGUUGUAUACUAUAUGAACUAUGCACGGGUGAGGCUCUCUUUCAGACGCAUGAUAACUUAGAACAUCUAGCUAUGAUGGAGAGAGCAUUGGGACCUUUGCCUGAACAUAUGACUCGAAAAGCCAGCCGGGGUGCUGAGAAAUAUUUCAGAAGAGGGUGUAGGCUAAAUUGGCCAGAAGGAGCCAACUCUAGAGAGAGUAUUAGGGCUGUAAAAAGACUUGAUCGUCUCAAGGAUAUGGUAUCGAAACAUGUUGACAGCACAAGAUCUAGAUUUGCAGAUCUAUUGUAUGGCUUACUGACAUAUGAUCCAUCUGAGCGUCUCACGGCAAACGAAGCUCUUGACCAUCCUUUCUUCAAGAGCUCAAGUUGAGAAGAAGCAAAAUCAGAACCAUAAAAUGUAGAAUGUUACUUGGUAACAUUUUUUUUUGCUAGAUUCUAAAGCUCCCUUUCUCAGUAGUAUUCCAAUUUCAGUUACGAGUUUGGCUACAUUUAUUCUGGAAAAUAACUCUGUUGUACAUUGUGUUGUUGAGAAGAAAAAACUUAGAUCACA